CGUGUGUUGCGUAAUGAUAAAUAGGGGCUGUAGUCGUUGAGAGAGACCCAGACGAGGUUGAGAUUGAGUUCCUAAUAAAAGGCAUACACUGGUCGGGGGUUCGAAUCUGCUGCACUCCACACACAUAGAUUGAUCACUCUUUCUUAGUUAAUUUGUUUACGUAGUCAUAGUGGUUGCAGCAUUAUGUCGAGAGAAGAUAAGCGGAAGCGGGAGGCGGCGGAGAGUUCAGAAGAGGAAGAGAAAGUGGCUUAUGGCGGCGGCGGGUCGGGUGAGGAAUCUGAUGAUAGUGGUGGUGGGCGUGGCGGCGAGGCGGCGGAAAAGCGGCAGAAAAUUGAAGGGCAGGUGGGCGGAAAUAAACACCCACUGUAUCGUGGGGUGAGAAUGCGGACAUGGGGGAAAUGGGUGUCUGAGAUUCGUGAGCCGAAAAAGAAGAACAGAAUUUGGUUGGGGACUUUCCCGACGCCUGAAAUGGCGGCUCGAGCUCACGACGUGGCGGCGCUGAGCAUUAAGGGGAAGAAUGCCUUCCUUAAUUUCCCACACCUGGCAGAUUCUUUGCCUAGGCCGGCUACAUUGUUGCCUCGGGACAUUCAGGCCGCCGCCACUGCCGCCGCCAAUGAUUUCUGUCUCGAGAGUGCAGAGACGGCGCCGCCAGAGGCCAAGGAAGAGGCGGCACAGUCUGCUGAAUCUGGGGAAUAUUCGGGGGAUUUUAGUUCUGGUUUCGACUGGUUGGCUCGAUUUCUUGUGGAGAAUGAGCCGUCGAUCAUAGAUGAUGACAUUCUGUUCGACAUGCCUAAUUUCUUGGCUAACAUGGCGGAAGGCCUGUUGGUGGCGCCGCCAUGGCUUCAAUCGGACUACAAUAUGUCUGAAUCAAUCUGCACUGAAACAUCUCUGUGGAGUUAUACAUAAAUUCUUUGGAAGGGAGUUUUUUUUUUACCUUUUUUGGUUUUUUUUUGGUUUCUUCUUUUAGAUAUGGAUGAGAAUAUGUAUACACAUAUUAUAGGAGGAGGAGGAGGAGCUUCUUCUGUGAUUUCUUGGCUUCUUUUCUUUUCGUCACAGGCCACCAAAAUGAACUCUGGCCCCACAUAUUUCAAUUGCAAUAACUGAGGAUGUAUAGCAGUUCUCUUCUUUAAUGGAAUCUGUGUAGUAGCUCUGAGCUUCUACUUGUGUGCA